UAGUCGUCAUGGUUUCCAACGUAGCCGGCCCGCCGGUCCACCCACCUGUAUACGGCACGUUCCAAUAUACAAGGUCCGGACCUUUAUCUACAACAUAAUCACCUUUCCACGUCUCCUCAAAUUACAAUUUCAAAGUAAACCCAGACGACGCCGUUUAGCUCGCCGGUGACCGCUGCCGCCGUGUGUCUCCUACUACAAUCAUCAUCUCAUCGCCGUUAAUUUGUAGUUUUAUCCGUUAUUUCUCAAUUGAUCCUGUUUCAAUCGGUGUAGAUUCUUCUUUCUAAUCAGUUUGAUCGAUCAAAAGCUUCUAAUUCUUCUCGCAAUCCGUAUAACUGAUCCCUUGAGAUAAAUGGCGUCUUCUGCGGAUCCGUGGAUGAGGGAGUAUAAUGAAGCGUCUAAACUUGCUGAUGACAUUACUGGUAUGAUAUCAGAGAGGACUUCGUUUGGAACGGGGCCGGAAGCUCAGCGUCAUUCGUCUGCGAUUCGGAGGAAGAUUACGAUAUUGGGAACUAGACUUGAUAGUUUGCAGUCUCUUCUGACAAAGCUUCCUGCAAAACAGCCUCUAACGGAGAAAGAAAUGAACAGACGCAGAGAUAUGCUUGCAAAUUUGAGAACAAAAGUAACACAGAUGGCGUCUGCGUUGAACAUGUCAAGCUUUGGUAAUAGGGACAGCUUGCUUGGGCCAGAUACUAAACCAGCUGAUGACAUGGCCCGAAUAUCUGGUUUGGACAACGCCGGUAUUGUUGGGCUUCAGAGACAAGUUAUGAGAGAACAAGAUGAGGGUCUAGAGAAACUGGAGCAAACAGUAAUAAGUACCAAACAUAUUGCUUUGGCGGUCAAUGAGGAACUUGAUCUGCACACCAGGCUCAUUGAUGACCUCGAUGAACAUGUAGAAGUUACAGAUUCUCGACUAAAGAGAGUGCAGAAGAAUCUGGCCAUUUUGAACAAGCGGGCCAAGAGUGGUUGCACGUGCAUGUGCUUAUUAUUGUCGGUGGUUGGGAUCGUUGGCUUAGUUGUCGCUCUUUGGUUGAUCAUAAAAUACUUGUGAUGCAUAGCUCUGUUUUGUAUGAGCACUGGCUUCUUAUACAGUUGAUUUUAGUGCUUCGUUUGUGUUAUAAUUUGUGUAUUAUAUGCGGUUUCUUUGUGUUAUAUUUAAAGUGUUUUGUUCUACCAAAAAAAAAGAAAACAUUGUUGUUUUGAUGGUUUAUUAUGAUAAUUUAAGGUGCCUAAUGUUCUGUCA